CACAAAUAACAUGCUCCUCUCUUAUCGCCAGACUCCAUUUUUUGGAAAACUGGAGACGAGGAUUCUCUGCUUAAAGCUCCAUCAGUGUUUCUUCCGCCUUGUUUUUCAUUCAGCUGUGCGUCUUUCGUCCUCUGAAUCCAUCUGGGGUUUCUUUCUUCUUUCGGAAAAUGACUAAAAUUGGAUCCAAGAUCCCUACUUUUUUGUUUCUUUCUUCAGUUGCUUCUUUCUUUCUUCAGUUGCUUCUUUCACCGUGUUUGCCUUCUUCACUUCUUCUUCAGGAACUUCUCUGUUCUGUUUACUUCAACUAAUCUGCCUCCAAACUAUUCUAGACCAAGAUUCGUUGAUUCGAUCCCUCAAGAACAAGCUGCAAAUCAGUGGCGCAUCAGUAGUUUAUUUUAAAACCAUCAACACAUUGAAUGUUACCACAUCAGGUUUCACUCUUCCAUAUGGGCCUAUCUACGAUAGGUAACCCACCAGUCUUUCUCUAGUUUCCCUUGCAACAGAAACCAAAUGGGCUUCGUUUCUGGUUUCUGUUGCAUGUGUAAAUUGGAGGAGGCUGAGCAUACUCAAGAUGGUCAAGAAAAAAAAGGAUGGUCAGAGCUAGAAUGGGGUGGGGAAGGUAAUUUUGGCUUGGUUACAGCAUUUUUAGAAGUUUGGCCUGGCCGAACGAGAACUACUGUUGAUAUUACAGUUUUGCAUUUUGAUGUACGUCAAAUUAUCAGACUAACGGUACUAUGUGCAAGUGUCACCUUAGUGAAGGAACUGAGGAAGUCAUGGACAUGGAUUAAUAUCAGCAUUAAUUAUACACAUGAAAUGAAAUGCCUGUAUUUUAAUGUUGAAAAUACUACUGGCUGGAAGGAGGAAGAACAGCUGGCAUGGAACUUGAAUGAUGAAACAGGAGAAAAGGGCUGUCCUAGAUAGUGUCUGACCCCAUUCGUUCUCCCACUGCUUUUUUCCACACAGGCAUGUCCUAGGUUUACCUAAUAAGUAAGGUUUUUUUGU